CUGAUCCAAUUAGUUGGAAUUAAAUCUGCGGUGCGUUCGGUUGGUCAAAAAUGUUGCACCUUUUCUGGCUGCUGUCCGUCUGGGCCCUUUGCUGGGCGGGGACCAACUCGGAGGAUCAUCAGCUGAUACGCAUACCCAUGCAGCGGCAGGCAUCGUUCAUGGCCACACGACGACAGCAUCGAGCAGGAAAAACCUCGCUCUACGCCAAGUACAAUCUGGCCAGCAGUGCCACAGCGAUGGUGCAGCGCAGCAGCGGAGCCAGUGAGCCGCUGGACAAUCGCCAGAAUCUGGAGUAUGCUGGUCCCAUUAGCAUCGGCACACCCCGGCAGCCCUUCAAUAUGCUAUUCGACACAGGAUCCGCCAAUCUGUGGGUGCCCAGUGCAGAGUGUUCGGCGAGGAAUGUGGCCUGCCAGCACCAUCAUCGCUACAACGCCUCUGCCUCGAGCAGCCAUGUGGCUGAUGGUCGCCGCUUUGCCAUUGCCUACAGCACAGGCCACCUGUCUGGCAUGCUGGCCCAGGACACGGUCGCUGUUGGCCGUCUGGUGGUGCAGAAUCAAACGUUUGGCAUGGCCAUCCAUGAGUCUGGUUCCACCUUUUUGGACACCAACUUUGCGGGCAUUGUGGGCUUGGCCUUUCGUUCGCUUGCCGAGCAGCAGGCCACUCCGCUCUUUCAGAAUAUGUGCGAUCAGGGCUUGGUGGAGAAGUGCGUCUUCUCCUUCUACCUGAAGCGAAAUGGCAGCGCCCGGCAGGGUGGCGAGCUGCUCUUCGGUGGCAUCGAUGCCAAGAGGUUCACGGCGCCACUCACCUACGUGCCCCUCACCCAUGCCGACUACUGGCAGUUUCAGAUGCAGAGCGUGGAAGUCGAUGGCAAGACCAUCAGCCAGGGGCGUCAGGCAGUUUGCACUGUCUUCCGCAAUAAAUGCUACUUCAUCAAGGCGAACUGUGUUCGAAAGCCAGCCCUGAUCGAGAGCACUAAAGAAGAGUGUCAGAAAUUCUGCCCCCAGAUCUGUCCAUUGUUGUAUCGUCCCACAUCAGGAAAUUACAAGGGUCAGACUCGAGAGUUCAGCAACGAUUGCGUGAAAAAUGCUCACAUAUGUCGCACUGGAGAGACUUUUUUGUAAAGCAAUUAAAAAGGUUUGAACAUGUAAAUGACUUGUUUGUUUAAAUAAAGCAUUUUAUCGGCAAAAUCUU